UUUGAUCUGUUGCAGGAGAUACAGAGUUUGCUCACUAACUGGAAAGGGCCAGACCUCACAAGUUACGGGGAGCUGGUGUUAGAAGGAACAUUUCGCAUUCAGCGAGCCAAAAAUGAGCGCACGUUGUUCCUCUUUGACAAGCUGCUGCUAAUUACAAAAAAGAGAGAUGAAAUGUUUGUAUACAAAGCUCACAUACUGUGUGGAAACCUGAUGCUUGUUGAAGUAAUACCAAAGGAACCACUUAGCUUUAGUGUCUUCCACUACAAAAAUCCCAAGAUGCAACAUACUGUCCAGGCAAAGUCUCAGCAAGACAAGCGCCUUUGGAUUCUUCACUUGAAGAGGUUAAUUCUAGAAAAUCAUCCUGCUAAAAUUCCUGCCAAGGCCAAGCAGGCGAUUCUAGAAAUGGAUGCCAUACAUCACCCAGGCUUCCACUAUAGCCCCGAGGGAGAAAUUAAAUCAUCGUACCAGCCUAAAGAAGGCACUGCUCCUCACAGAGUGAGAAGGAAAUCAGAACCCUCAUCUAGAGUCCAUAAAGUUUUGAAGUCAAAUGAUAUAAGUCCAGAUAUGCAGAAGCUGAUCAGUCUUGAAGGAGCGCUGUUAUCUCAAGCCACCAAACUAGGAUCAAAUGAAGCCCUGCUGAAUUCUAGGAAAAAGAUUCCAUUGGAACCCAGUGGGCUGGAGACCCAAUUUCAAGAGUCCAUUGAGCCAGCCUACAGCAGCGAUCAGGAUGAAAAUCUUCAGACUUCUGCUACGGAACAGAUUGAUGCUGAUGAUGAGGAAGAGUCUGAGCAGGGAGUGCAGCAAAACUCACUGCAGAAAUCAAAAGGGGGAAGAAAAAGACUUAAUAGUCAAGCUGCUGAAAAUGUUGAAAAACGGAGAAGUGUUAAUCUCAACCAGUGUGAAACACAGAGUUCCAAGGACCCUUCAGACGAAGAGUCAACCCAGCUGAAUACCGAUCUUCCAUUUUCCUGCACAGCUAGACAGACACAGUCGCCUAGACAAUUCAGCACACCACAGAGCAACUCGCUCAUCAUGAAUAUCCUGGGAGGAAGUACCUCUGUCAGAAACAUCUGGACUGACCAUCAGAUCAGGCAGGCAUUGUUUCCCAGCCGACGUCCACCUUAUGAGAAUGAAGACGAUGAAGAUGAUUAUCAGAUGUUUGUACCAUCAGUAUCUACAUCCAACGCUAUUUCAGCCGUUGGUGGAGAAAGGAGGGGUUCCUCUGGGCGGCCUUGCAGCUGGCACUUGGGGGUAGGGCAUCAAAACGAGACUUCCAGCCCCACUCGUCACAAAAUUGUUAGGCGGGCCAGUAGUGCUGGUGAAAGUAACACGUGCCCAGCCAGCGCAAGGUAUAAAAUGGGGGAGCACAGUUCUCGAAGGGAAGUGAAGAGAGCAGAGGUGAGCAGUAUGAAUGCAUAUCCUGAAUCCUCAGAGGAGCUGACCAUUGAUGAUAUUGAACAUGUUUAUGAUAAUAUAAGCUAUGACGACUUAAAGCUGAUGGGUCUGACAAGAAGGGAGGAGACAGACCGUGGUCCCCAGAGAUCUGCUAGAGACUCUCUCUACGAGGCUGAAAACAAAAGCAGCUUAGAUUCACCCUCCAAAAAGAGGACAGCAAAUCAAAACAGAGCCUCCAUUCGUGCUAGUAGGGAUGAGAUACUACUCAGUAGAGAAGUACCUACUUCAAGUUUGGAUGAGCUCAGGAUCGUUGAAGACAACAUCUAUGACACCAUAGUGCUUCCAGAAACACCACUAUUGAAUUUUAAAUUGGACCCCUUAAAAUGCUCUAAAAGGCGGAGUUUUCUGGGCCUGGAAAAAGACUUUGCAUGUUGUGACAAUCUACGGCAGUUUGUUUCUGAAGAGAGUCUCCAGUUCAGUGAAGAUGAAAGUCCUUACCAUCGUGUUCCUGUUGACAAUGACUAUUUGAGCUUAGUAGAUAGCUCCUCCAACUCUGAUUCACUCUCCCAUAAGUCUGCAGCAGACAAACUCUCGGAGGAAGUAGAUGAGAUUUGGAAUGACCUGGAGAACUACAUCAAGAAGAAUGAGGAGAAGACAAGAGACCGUCUCCUUGCAGCCUUUCCUGUUUGUAAAGAUGAUAUGCAGGAAAGGUUGCAUGCUGGUAGUACACCGGAACUGAGUAAAGAUGUAGAGUACUCACUGUCUACUCUGUCUCUGCCAGAAACUCCUAUUAUCCCUAAAACUGUGAAGCCUAGGGCUGCCACCUUAAGCGACACUAGUCUCAGGCUUGAAGACACUACACCGUGCAAGGAGAACUCUUUUAUGAGUCUGAACAGAUCUUCCUUCUCCAGCGAGAUGCCUUUUGUAGAUAGCCCAUACGAAUCUGCCAAUGGUGUUCUGUCCAGUGCGCAUACAGAGAGCAUGGAAAAUGACUUGGCUGUUGUGGAUAAAACAAAGAACCGAGUUUUUAUGAUGGCAAGGCAGUACAGUCAAAAAAUAAAGAAGGCUAACCAGCUUUUGAAAGUUAAAAGCCCAGAGCAGGAACAGCCAGCUAGCAGACAACAGAAACUGAAACACAAAGAUCUUGCUGCCAUUCUGGAGGAGAAGAAACAAGGUGGUCCUGCUAUUGGUGCCAGAAUAGCUGAAUAUUCCCAGCUUUAUGACCAAAUAGUCUUUAGAGAAAGUUCACCUAAGGUCCAAAAGGAAGCCUGGGCCACCCCUCAGGAGCCAUCAGCCGGAAGGUUUUCCACACCCCUGGCUGUGUCUCCUCCCUGUUCCCAGGCUGCCAGUGAAUGCUCAAGAGCAGAAGAUUGGCUUUUGCAUUCUACAUACAGUAAUGGUGAGCUGGCUGACUUCUCUCCGUGGCCUGAAUCCCAAGACCCAAAGUCCAAGAUCUCGUAUACAGAAGAUGGUACAAAAAGCAAUUCCAGGCAGUUGCCAUCAGCUGUUUCGGUGCCUUCCCUUCAGAUUUCUAACCGUUUGCACGUCCCGGCACAGAGGUGGAGCGCCAUUAUAAGCCAACCGAACAAAGAAAAUUUGCAUCAAGAUCACAUCUAUAACUCCCUUGGGAGAAAAGUAAGCAAUGUAAAACCACAGGCAUACGGCAGGUCGCAGUCGUCUUCCUCAAUUGUGGUCAACAGGUCUGGAGAAUCAAUCAUAUAUCCUAAUGAAAUGGACAAGAAAAAGCUCUAUUCGAAUAGGAACUUCCGAUUCAACAGCCAUCAAACACCGGGUAUUGCUUUGGGAUGUACAGGGCCUGAUACAAGAAAGCAGAUCCCUGAAAACUGUUCAGGUAUGAUUCUGCAGGAUUCUCAAAAAGUCCUGAGAGUGAACAGGGCCUCCCCUCUCACGGCACAGAUGGCCACUCAGAACUAUUUUUCUAAUUUCAAAGAUACUGAAGAAGGAGAAGGGGAUGAUGAUGACUACGUUGAAAUAAAGUCUGAAGAUGAGGGAUCUGACUUGGAGACUUCUCAGAACCAAACAAGGAAAUCGGAUCCAAAACUGCGUAACACAGACACUGCUCCUUCUGAAACACUUUGCGGCAAAACUGUCUCUUGUACUCCUGCAAAGUCCACCAGCAGCAAACAUGCACUUACCCCAUAUCUGACUGCAUAUAGUGAUUCGGAUAAACUGAACGACUACCUGUGGCGAGUACCGUCUCCCAAUCAGCAGAAUAUUGUCCAGUCUUUAAGGGAAAAGUUUCAGUGUCUCAGUUCAAGUAGCUUUGCUUGA